AUGGCAUCCAAGGUAAUCAUUAUUAUCGCCGUAGUUCUCUGUGUUCUGCAAAUCGCGUAUGGAGCACGAGUUCCCAGGGCGGCUGACGAUGGUGGCUCGCCUGGUGGCGGUGGUGGCGGUGGUAGUGGUGGUGGUGGUGGUGGCGGCGGUGCUGAUGGAGGCGGAGGAGGAGGUUUCGGAGAUAUAAUCAACAAGCUACCCAAGGACUUUAUCAAGUCGUUCACUAAUAUCGUCAAGAACUUAAGUGCUUGA